AUGAAGAGCUUUCCAGGUGAUGUUAAUUAUGGCUUUGAUCAAUUAGGCUUGGACAACAUGGGGGAAGCCACCAGAGGAGGCAUUAGUGAAACAACAGAUGUGCAGAAUGUUCUCCUAAGGCGCGGAAAGAGGGAAAAUGUUUUGUGGGAUGACAGUGGUGCGCCAAUAUGGCCAACGGAGAAGUGUGGAGAAUUUUCUCGUUAUCUUGAGUAUUUGGCCGCUAAUGCUGGACUCUACCCUAUUGAUGUCAAAUCCUUUGCUGAAUUCAAACGGUGGGACAGCCAUGAUAGGAUGUGGGAAAGAGUUAAUGGAACUAUAGAUUGGUCUGUUCCAGAGACUUUGUCUAAACAACACAAGAUUAGGAAUGAACAUGGUGUGGACGACGGUCAAUGGGUUAAGUUUGUGGACAACUUAGACAGAGUCGAGAUGAAGGAAAAUGCUGCAAUAAAUGUCAAUAACAUGAAACAAAAGAAGAUUAGCCACACAACUGGAACUUUGACUUAUGCAGCUAAAAUCUAUCAAUGGCUUAGCUUGGAACAAAAAGAAGCAGAAAAAAGGAACCAAAAUAUCGACAUAACCCUUGAAGUUGUAGAAGACAUAUAUGCAGAUGUGUUUGGUGUUGAGAAGAGAAACCGCAUUAGGGGAAUGGGGACCGGGUAG